CCUUUUGGAAUAUAUAUAUAGAACAUUCCAAACAAGACAACCCUGUUAUUCUGGGCCUUUGCUAAAUGCGACCCAGUUAAACUAGGCCCAUGUCCCAGAAAAAAGGUACUACAAGUACCAGGUACCUAGGCAGUAGAAGCAGAACGCAUGACGGUGUUCCUAACAUUUUCCCGGCAACCAAACAGAACAGAAACAGAUGAAGAAGAGGAUACUAUUAUCAGAAAUUUGUAUUCUAAAGAAGAGACUGCAUUGCCGAUUUAAUAAAAGCCUGAGUUUAUCAUCGGAGAGAAUCCCAGGUGACGAUGAUCCGCUGUACGCGGACGUGCCAAAGCCCCGGCGUAAGAAGGCAGAGAGGAAGCCGUAUCCGACGCCAAUGAAGGUUCUGAUCGCGAGGGCGAAGGAGGAGACAGCAGCCCGAAAGGCCCAGCCCUGUCGCAUGCUCGAAGACCCACCUGACAAUGGGUUAUUGGUUCCCGAGCUUGUCGAGGUCGCCCACCGAGUCUACCGAGCCCGACGUUCUCUUCUCUUUGGUCUUUCGAAACUUGUACAACCCAUUCCUCUUCAACGCUGCAGCUACUGCUCGGAGGUUCACAUUGGCCAUGUUGGUCAUGAAAUCCGAACCUGCACUGGCCCCAAGGGUGGUUUUCGGAGUGCUACUCAUGUUUGGAGGAAGGGUGGAGUUCAGGACGUAAUUUUUUCCCCCAAAUCCUUUCAUCUUUAUGAUCGUGUUGGGAAACCGAGGAUUGUGCAUGAUGAAAGGUAUAGUGUGCCGCGAAUCCCUGCCAUUGUAGAGCUUUGUAUACAAGCUGGUCUUGACCUUGAAAAGUUACCUACGAGGAGAAGAACGAAACCCGUGUAUAGUAUUGAAGGAAGAAUUGUAGAUUUUGAGUCGGUGACGGAGAAGGAUGGACUGGGGAGGAGGAACUUGUAUCUAAAGAAUGUUGAUAUUGUAGUAGAUUCCAAAUUUGGUACCAACACUGAGAUGGCAACAACUUCAGUUUUGGAAAAUGCUAGUGAUCUUCUGGAUCAAUCGAAUGACGGGGAAGGGAAGAAUUUAAGGGAUUUAAGCAUCCGAACACUGGACUCAUGGUUUGAGAUGAUAUCAGGGGCAAAGAAGAUGAUGGAGAAGUACAACGUGAUGACUUGUGGAUAUUGUCCUGAGGUUCAGGUGGGUCCAAAGGGGCACAAAGUGAGGAUGUGCAAGGCGUCAAAGCACCAGUCUCGUAAAGGUUUGCAUGCAUGGCAAGAAGCAACGAUAGAUGAUCUUGUGGGUCCCAAUUAUGUUUGGCACGUUAGGGAUCUGAAUGCACCUGCUUUGGAUAACAACCUGAAGAGGUAUUAUGGUAAAGCUCCAGCUGUGGUGGAGCUGUGUGUGCAAGCAGGUGCACCUGCUCCAGAUCAAUAUAGGAGUAUGAUGAGAUUAGAUGUGGUUCCUCCUGCUCGUGAUGAAGUUGAUCUUGUUGCUUGAGAUGGUGAUUCUUGAUGCAGAUGGUCUGCAGAUGUUGAGAUGAAGUUGAUCUUGUUGCUUGAGAUGGUGAUUCUUUUAUGCAGAUGCUAAGCUGAGAUUCAGAUCUCCUGAAUUUACCCAUCAGUCUGUAUUUCUGUGUACCACUUGGUUUACUGUGUGUUGCUUUGGGUAAGUUUGGUCCCUAUGCCCUCAUAUUGAUUCCCAGGGCCCUCACAAUUGUGGUUCCUUGAGCUUGCCAAGUAGAAACAGAGGUAAAACAGACGACCACUGGAGACAGACAAUCAUGGCCCUGGUUCAGAAGAAACCAUAUCUUAAUUAAGUAGGCAGCCUAGCAGGGCAACAGGAAGAAGCAUUUGUGGUUUUAUGGAAGCGUCUUAUUGGGAAGCAUUUCUGUUGGUGUACUUCCCUUUACCAAUUUUUAAGUGGUUUAGAACUAGAAGUGCCCUUCCCUCAGCUCCCUUUAAGCUCCCGAAUUGUUUUUGUAAUGAAACAAAGUCACAAAGAGAUGUACAGAAACCAAAAAAGAUGACCAUGAUCUUGUACCUAAUUUUCACUUUUGUUGCUCUGGAAUUUGAAAUCCAUGUAGUUGUUUCUGUA